UCCUGGACAGGAAAUUGUCGGCAGUGUUUUUGUUGCUAGUGGGGACUGUUGUGAAAAUGGCGACGCCUCGUCGCAGCUCUCAGCAGCAGCAGCAGCCAAACUCCCUGCUGUCCUCUCUGCCCGGCACACCGCCUGCCUCUCCGCCGGCACCCACCGACGAUGCCACCCCGCUCCCCCACAGAGGUGCGAUGGAAAACGCGGCUGACGGUGAGGUAGCCCCUGCCUCUCCCACCAUUACCACCAACAACACCACCACGACCACCACCUCCACCACCACCUCCCCGGCUCUGGCCCUCACCGCCAGCAGCAGCAGCAGCAGCACCACCAGCAGCACUAGCAGUAGCGCUAGCUCCCCGACCACCACCGAGGGUAGCGGUACCAGCCCCGGCUCUACCCCGGAGUCGGACAACGGUAACCCGGGCAGCAGCGGCAGCUGCAGUAGCAGCGGCAGCAGCGGCGGAGGCGGGGGCGGCGCAAACGGGGCUUUCAGGGAGCUGUUUGAAGCCUGUCGAAACGGGGAUGUGUCGAGGGUGAAGAAACUCGUGGAUGCGGUGAAUGUGAACGCUAAAGACAUGGCAGGACGAAAAUCGACACCCCUGCAUUUCGCUGCAGGUUUUGGGCGGAAAGAUGUGGUGGACCACCUGCUUCAGACGGGCGCUAAUGUGCACGCACGGGAUGACGGGGGUCUGAUCCCACUUCACAACGCCUGCUCAUUUGGUCACUCCGAGGUGGUGUCCUUGUUGCUGUGUCAGGGAGCUGACCCUAAUGCUCGAGACAACUGGAACUACACACCGCUCCAUGAAGCUGCCAUCAAGGGCAAGAUAGACGUCUGUAUAGUGUUACUGCAGCAUGGAGCCGACCCCAACAUCCGCAACACUGAUGGCAAGUCCGCUCUGGACCUGGCUGAACCCUCCGCCAAGGCCGUGCUCACAGGUGAAUACAAGAAGGAUGAGCUGCUGGAGGCGGCGAGGAGUGGAAACGAGGAAAAGCUAAUGGCCUUGCUUACUCCGCUCAAUGUCAACUGCCACGCAAGCGACGGCCGCAAGUCCACUCCACUCCACCUGGCAGCAGGAUACAACAGGGUGAGGAUAGUUCAGCUGCUACUACAGCACGGAGCUGAUGUCCACGCCAAGGACAAAGGUGGUCUGGUGCCUCUACAUAAUGCCUGCUCCUAUGGACACUAUGAAGUUACCGAGCUCCUGCUAAAGCAUGGAGCGUGUGUCAAUGCCAUGGAUCUAUGGCAGUUCACCCCUCUCCAUGAAGCAGCGUCUAAAAACCGAGUGGAGGUCUGCUCUCUGCUGCUGAGCCACGGGGCUGACCCGACACUGCUCAAUUGUCACAGCAAAAGCUCUGUGGACAUGGCGCCCACUCCUGAGCUGAAGGAGAGACUUACAUAUGAGUUUAAAGGCCACUCUCUGCUUCAAGCUGCUCGGGAAGCUGACAUGGCCAAAGCUAAGAAGACUCUGGCGUUGGAGAUCAUCAACUUCAAACACCCUCACACACACGAGACUGCGCUGCACUGCGCAGUAGCGUCGCCCCACCCAAAGAGGAAACAAGUGACGGAGCUGCUGUUAAGGAAAGGCGCCAGCGUGAAUGAGAAGAAUAAAGACUUCAUGACUCCUCUCCAUGUGGCAGCAGAACGUGCUCAUAACGACAUUAUGGAAGUGCUACAGAAACACGGUGCCAAGGUGAACGCCCUGGACACGCUGGGUCAGACGGCGUUGCACCGUGCGGCGUUGGCGGGCCACCUUCAGACCUGCAGGCUGUUGCUAGGAUACGGGGCAGACGCCUCGCUGGUGUCACUGCAGGGCUUUACUGCUGCUCAAAUGGGAAAUGAAGCCGUUCAACAAAUACUCAACGAGAACAUCCCAGUGAGAAACUCAGAUGUGGACUACAGACUUCUGGAAGCUGCUAAAGCUGGAGACCUGGACACUGUCAAGUCGUUGUGUACGGCUCAGAAUGUGAAUUGUAGAGACCUGGAGGGACGACACUCCACUCCCCUGCAUUUCGCUGCUGGCUACAACAGAGUGUCAGUGGUGGAGUACCUGCUGCACCAUGGGGCAGACGUACACGCCAAGGACAAAGGUGGUCUGGUUCCCCUCCAUAACGCCUGUUCGUACGGUCACUACGAGGUGGCCGAGCUGCUGGUCAGACACGGAGCCUCGGUCAACGUAGCCGACUUGUGGAAGUUCACGCCACUCCACGAAGCCGCUGCCAAGGGCAAAUACGAGAUCUGCAAACUGCUGCUCAAGCAUGGGGCAGACCCGACCAAGAAGAACCGAGACGGAAACACACCUUUGGACCUGGUGAAGGAUGGGGACACCGACAUCCAGGACCUGCUAAGAGGAGACGCCGCGCUGCUGGAUGCCGCCAAGAAAGGCUGCCUGGCAAGGGUGCAAAAGCUAUGUAGCCCCGACAACAUUAACUGUCGGGAUACACAGGGACGCAACUCAACACCUCUGCACCUCGCAGCCGGCUAUAACAACUUGGAGGUAGCAGAGUAUCUGUUGGAGCAUGGAGCUGAUGUGAAUGCACAGGACAAAGGAGGGCUGAUACCUUUACACAAUGCUGCUUCGUACGGGCAUGUGGACAUAGCCGCCCUGCUGAUCAAAUACAACACGUGCGUCAACGCCACAGAUAAGUGGGCAUUCACGCCCCUCCACGAAGCGGCCCAGAAGGGUCGGACUCAGCUCUGCGCUCUGCUAUUGGCCCAUGGUGCCGAUCCCACCAUGAAGAACCAGGAGGGACAGACGCCUCUGGACUUAGCAACGGCCGAUGACAUAAGAGCACUGCUGAUCGACGCCAUGCCGCCAGAUGCCCUGCCAAGCUGUUUAAAACCCCAGGCCACUGUGGUGAGCGCAAGCGUGGUGAGUACAGGUGCGGCAGGGGGCGUGGUCAUCUCUCCCUCCCCGUCCCCGUCCUGCCUGUCUGCAGCCAGUAGCAUAGACAACCUGACCACGCCCCUCAGUGACAUCACUGUGGGCGGGGCCACUGGACCAGCAGAUGGAGCGUCUGGGUCUGACAGGAAGGAAGGAGAGACUCUGCUCGACAUGACCAUCAACCAGUUCUUGAAGAGUCUAGGGCUGGAACACCUCAGAGACAUCUUCCAGAGGGAACAGCAGUCUGUCGCUGAUGGAGCUGCUUACCACAGUCUCAUGCAGGAGAUUUCUCUGGAUGUGCUGGCAGACAUGGGUCACGAGGAGCUGAAAGAGAUUGGCAUCAACGCUUACGGUCACAGACACAAGCUCAUCAAGGGCAUCGAGAGGCUUCUGGGAGGCCAGCAAGGUGGAAACCCAUACCUGACGUUCCACUGCUCCAGCCAGGGCACCGUGCUGAUCGACCUGGCACCGGACGACAAGGAGUUCCAGUCAGUGGAGGAGGAACUGCAGAGCACCAUCAGAGAGCACCGCGAUGGAGGCAACGCAGGUGGCGUCUUCAGCCGGUACAACAUUAUUAAGAUUCAGAAGGUUGUGAAUAAGAAGCUACGGGAGAGAUACGCACACAGACAAAAAGAAAUCGCAGACGAGAACCACAACCAUCACAACGAGCGAAUGCUCUUUCAUGGUUCUCCGUUCAUCAAUGCCAUCAUCCACAAGGGCUUUGACGAGCGACACGCCUACAUCGGCGGCAUGUUUGGCGCCGGGAUCUAUUUUGCUGAGAACUCGUCCAAAAGCAACCAGUACGUGUAUGGGAUUGGUGGAGGCACAGGAUGUCCCACCCACAAAGACCGCUCCUGCUACGUGUGCCACAGGCAGAUGCUGUUCUGCAGGGUAACGCUGGGCAAGUCGUUUCUUCAGUUUAGCGCAAUGAAAAUGGCCCACGCACCCCCUGGACACCACUCUGUUAUAGGACGACCAAGCGUCAACGGACUUGCGUAUGCAGAGUACGUCAUCUACAGAGGGGAGCAGGCUUACCCAGAGUACUUGAUCACCUACCAGAUUGUGAAGCCAGAGAGUCCGGCCACGCCUUCUGCCACCUCCGAGCAGAAAUCCUAAUACGCAGUCACAGCCGGAUCCGAAGAAGGUCAGACCGCAAUGGACUAGAGCCACUCUCCAAGAGGGCUAGAACUGAACUAGAAGGUGUUUCAAACCUCACACCCCCAUAAUUAAGGUCUCCGGAGCUGAACUUGGUGGGUGGGUGAGGUGAAGUGACGAUCAGGCCAUGGUCAAGACGACUCGGAAAAACAAGAAGACGUGGAUGUUUCUAAAUGAAUGAAGAGGCAGCGUCUUUGAUUUUUGGGGGCACGAUACAUACUCAGCGCAAAGCAGCAGACAGCAAAAAUCAAUACAAUUCGUUUGUUAAUUAGGUCUAAUUGUGCAACAUUAAAAGAAAAUGGUUUAACCAACAUUUCUGGAAGCGUACCAGUAAGCAGAUUUUUUAAUUUGCAGGCCUCUGGCUUGAUUCUAAAAACAAUUAAGGAAAUCAUUAGAAUAGGACACGGUCCAAAGCAAAACAAACAUCCCUGAUUUUUGCACCUUUGCACUGCUUAUGUAUUCUACCUCCAGUUUCAAUGUGUUGUUUUGUUUUGAUAUGGUGUCCUCUUUCAGCUUUGUGCGUCAUCCGCAACAACAAAACAACACCCUGAGGCCAGAUCCAGAAAUGGCGAUUGGCACGCAGAGAGAACAGAGAUUCAGUACAUUUUAUUACAGCUCGUCACAUUUUCACCAGUGAGGCUCAUCUAAGUGUAUUCUCUCACCUCGUCUGUGCUGUAAGCAAAGAAAUGAUGAAGCAAGUGUAAGCAAGGACAGGUAUAACAGAUUACAGCAGGCAAAUACCCAGAAGUCAAUGAGCAGAAAUCCUCUGCUGCUACAUGUCGUGUCAGCUGUAGACCCCCUACACUAGACCCCCACUACAGUCCAUACCGGAACCAUGUCGAAGGACAGCAAAUCCAUACGGUGAAGCAAAACAUGGACGUCAUUUAGAGAUUUUUAUUUAUUUUUUUUUAGUAUUCUGUGACAAGCAAGCAGCAACCACAACUUCAGAGUGUGACAGGCUGAGACACCUGUCAAUCAAGCUUUCCCUAAACAGACUGCUCUUUUUCUUAAUUUAGUUUUAAUGAAAAUUUUUAACAGGAUGUGCCUAAAGCAUUGACAAGGAACUGUCAUUUUGUUUUGAUUCUGGUUCCCCCUGUGGACAAAAGAACUUGAAUUUCCACUGGCAUCUGAUUUCAAGGGGGAUUUUUAAGAAUAAUUACUACAUAGAGACAGCUAAUCUUCCUGCUGAUGGUCUUGUUUGUUGAUGUAGGUCAUAUAUAGAGGCUUCAGUAAAACUGAGACCGUUCAGUAACCAUUUAAAAGCUCCCUGUAGUACAUUUCAAUACAAUUACAAACUGACUUUGUGUUUCUGCAGAGAAUCUUGAGGUUUCCUAGUUUGAUUUAAUACUCUGUUCUGGAGUCUAAGUCCCUCGGACAUUACAGGAACUACAUCUUCAUUGGCCCCUAUAUUUAAACAUGGUGGUUGCUGCCUGUUUCAGCCCAGAACAGAUUAAAACUAGUCCAAACUCUUUUACCAGGACCAGGAGGACCACAUGACUGUGACUGUAACAUGUGCAUGCACAAAGAGUCAUUACUGACACAUCUUAUCAUGUGAUGGCACUAAACCACACACACACACACACACACAAAUAGACAGAGAGACAAGAUCAUGAAGCUGGUGCGAGGAGUGACUGUUACCAACAUGAGAUUAUUUAGGGACGCAGUUUAAGGUUUGAUGUUUGACCAGGGGAUAAAAAUGGAUGUUAUUCUCUGUGAGGCUCCACAUUGUGUUUCAUCCUAAUUUUGUCAGUUGCAGUUUAACAUUUACACCUCUGUGCUGCACACAUUGUACAUUUAUCUUUUUUGUUGUUGUUGUUGUUUUGUGUUUUAACGUCUCUCAGAAGGACCCACAUUUUCCCGUGUUGUUUACAUGAAACCUGCUGCCUUUCGCCUCUUUCCUCUCUUCGUUAAACUGCCAAUGCCCCCUAUUGGUGCAAGAGAGGAACUGCUGGCUGCUGGUAUUCAGCUGAAGAGUACAAAUGCACUGUUUAUCAGGAAGGCAUUCAUGUAGGGAUUCCUUUCCACACAUUCUUAUUUUAUUCUCCGAGGCAUAUUCCAGUUUCUUUAUUUCUUUUUCUUUUUUUUUCCACCAUCCUUCAUCUUUACACUCCUCAAAUGUUACAAGCAAAAUGUGAGAAGUGAGCCUGUUCACUGUAUCUAUAUAGCGAGCCAUUCAGCAGGCUGGGCACAGGCUUUAAAUAGAUAUAUUUAUAUAAUCAGAAAUAUGCAGGUCGAUGGAGGUUGAGGACGAUGAAGAGGGUGAUGGAUGUGUCGUUCAGAAAGAUGAGCUAUCACAUAACUGCAUUAACCAUUUAUGGUGACACGCUAACAUCAUAAGAGCUUAGCAGACUCCUCACACUAUGUACUGUAAGCUUGAGCUCUUUUUUUUCUGUUUUUUUACUAUUACUAACCAUGUUUUUCUGUUCAGUAUUUCUGAUUAUUUUUGAUUAAUGACACUGUAACCACACAGGACCACACACGAGUAUAGUUUCUUUCAUAUUGUCAAGUUAAGCAGCGCUGAAGAGCUUUGAAAUUCCUUGAAACUGUGUAGAAUGAGGAGGGAAAUGGCCUUAAAAGUUUUUGAGAAUGAAUGAAUAGAUUGCCUUUGACAGGUUUACCCAAAUCAGCAGCAAACAAGAAAUAUCUGCUUUACGUCUGUUCGAAAAUGAAACUCAGAUUUGACAGAGCCGUUCUGGUUCCUAUAUUUGAUUUCUUUUCAUCCUGAUUUAGUUUGCAUUAAAGCGUGAGUGUGACUCAGAUUUCAGCUGAUUUGCAUUUUCAAGGUGAAGAUGACGUUGGUCUGAGCCGAGUGCAAACAAGCAUUAAAUCCGUGUUUGGUGAAAGAACUGACAGCUCAAAAUAGCCGCCCCUGAUACUACAAAGUCAAACCUUUUUGUCACAAUAUUUUCAUGCUAUGAAGUUUUCUCAUCAGUAUUUUCUUAGUAUUUUUGCUGCCUACACAACGGUUCAUCCUAUGAUAACAAAAAUGACUCGAGUAGCCGCACAUUUCAGCAAAUUACAGAGUGAUUCAAUGCAGGGAAAAUGAAAUGGAAAAGUAUUAAAAGUGAAAAAUGAAAUAAACGAGUAGACAGGAACAGCAACAGAUGACUAAAAUAAAAUGAGAUAAACUAACAAGCUUGAAAUGAAAUUGAAAUGGAAAAAAAAAAGUUUUCAAAGGGAAAGUGAAAUGGUUGCAGUACUGGGACACAGUUAACCCGCUACAUGGCCCCAUGUAUGCAUUUGUUUUUUAAGACAUGACUGUAAGAUGCUUAUCCAUCAAAUGAUUCAUUUUUCCUCAAGAUAAAAUAAUCCGAUCAAUCCAUAAUCUGAGUAAAAAAUGGAUGAAUGACAAAUAAUUCAAGUGAACACCUUCUGUGUUGUCCAACUCUGGGACGUCGGCUCUCUUGGCAUAAAUGCACCAGGUGGAGUUCAUGGUGUUGACCUCAUUAGGGGCAACAGCACUGUAUGAGUUAUUUGCAGAAAGCCGUGGGCUUUGUUUUAAAUGAGACUGUAAAUAUACUAACACCAGAUGGGCCUAUUAACGGGCUUUUAUGGAUGAUUUUGAGUUUAUUUUCUUGCUUUUUUUGUCCCUUUUUUUUUUUUUUAAAUGUGAUAACUAUUUGAACUGUGUUUUAACUGGUCUGUCUCUUACUUAUCUGUCUCAAGGGCCAAUUAUCCAUCUUACUGUAAAUAGUUUGGAGGAGUGUGUGUGUAUGCGCGUGUGUGUGUGUGUGUGUGUGUGUGCGCGUGUGUGUGUGCGCGUGUGCGCGUGUGCGUGCGUGUUCAAUCAAUUCAUGCCUCAUCUUACCUGCCUUCUACCAAAAGCCACCAGUUGAAUUAACACCUUUCCUCAUCAGUAAUGUUUGACGACCUGUUGUACAGACAGUUGUACAGAGCUGCUGACCAGCUAACACGUGGAACAAAGAAACUCCUUACUCUUGUACAGAAGAAAAUCCUUAAUAAAAGAACUUAACAAAGUG